AUGGAGAGAUCAGCUUCCAGACAGACCAAGAAAAAAGUUGUAGCAGUGGUGGGAGGUGGUUUGGUCGGGGCACUGAAUACCUGCUUCUUUGCCAACAGAGGCUUUGAUGUGGAACUCUUUGAAAGUCGGGAAGAUAUCCGGCGAGCUAAAGUUGUGAAGGGGAGAAGCAUCAACCUGGCCUUGUCUCAUCGAGGCCGGCAAGCACUGAAACAUGUUGGACUGGAAGAGAAGAUUGUCUCCCAGGGAAUCCAGAUGCAAGCAAGAAUGAUCCAUUCACUGAAUGGGAAACAGUCCCCAAUUCCUUAUGGCAAGAAAGGCCAGUACAUCCUGUCGGUAGACCGAGCCAAUUUGAACAAAGAGCUGCUAACAGCGGCAGAGUCGUAUCCAAACACAAAGAUGAACUUCGACCACAAACUGCAGGACUGGAAUGCUGAAACGGGUCUAAUGACCUUUGUCAGGUCAGACGGGUCCAAGGAGCAGGCCAAGGCAGACUUGAUUGUAGGGUGCGAUGGAGCUUUCUCUGCCAUCCGCAAGCAGUUCCUUCGACGCAGCCGCUUUGACUACAGCCAGACCUACAUCCCUCAUGGCUACAUGGAGCUCACCAUGCCACCCAUUAAUGGAGAGUUUGCUAUGAAGCCUAAUUAUCUACACAUCUGGCCACGAAACACAUUCAUGAUGAUUGCCCUGCCCAACUUGGACAAGACAUUCACCUGUACGCUUUUCAUGCCCUUUGAAGAGUUUGAGAAGAUCACCACAGGAGAUGAAGUCAUUGAGUUUUUCCAAAAAUACUUCCCUGACACCAUCCCACUAAUAGGAGUUAACACUCUCCAGAGAGAUUAUUUCCGAUUGCCUGCACAGGCCAUGGUGUCUGUCAAAUGCAACCCAUAUCACAUCGGUGACAUGUGUGUCCUUAUGGGUGACGCAGCCCAUGCAGUAGUGCCUUUCUAUGGGCAGGGGAUGAACGCUGGCUUUGAGGACUGCAUUGUCUUUGAUGAAAUAAUGGAUCAGUUCAAUGAGGAUUUCAGUGCAGUUCUGCCUGAGUAUACCAGAGUUCGGGUUCCAGAUGAUCAUGCAAUUGCAGACCUGGCCAUGUACAACUACACUGAAAUGCGAGCGCACGUCAACUCCAAAUGGUUCAUUUUCAGAAAGCGUGUUGAUAACAUUCUCCACUUCUUGAUGCCAAAGGCAAUAAUUCCACUUUACACGAUGGUCACUUUCACUAGGACCAGAUACCAUGAAGCAGUUAAGCAGUGGCACUGGCAAAACAAAGUGAUAAACCGUGGCCUGCUGCUCAGUGCUGUCGGGGCUGUUCUGGGAGGCUCCUAUCUGCUCAUUAAACAUCCUCCAGAUCUCAGCAAGCUCAUCGUCUCUGCUGAAGAAAUGUGGGACAGGCUCGUGGCUCUCAGGACACCCUGAGCAUGGGCAUCAUUGCUGAUCUGACAGACAGGUGGACAGGCUGCAGAGUUAAACACUAGAAAAGAACUGAGAGGGACCCAAAUAUUAAUUACAUUUUGACUGAAUUGUCUAAUUCACAGUGAUGGCCCCAGUAAUGGCAAAUUACUCUAAUAAUGGCUACCUUCACUUAAACCACUGAUGAUUGAUAAGAACAUCUUACACUAUUUAAUCAGUGCUUAAACGACAAUGAUUAGAAUCAGAACAGUGGGGUUUUAAUUAUUAAACAAGUUUUAAUGUGAAAACAAAAUGUCAGUAUUAGGCCUGUGUGUAAGUUUACCUAUAGCUGCUUUUACACAGGAAUGACAUAUUAAAGUUACCUCAGCUCAUGGAUAUCACCAGAUUUUUUUUCUUCUUUUUUUUUGUCUUCAUGGUCCCCAAUGACCUCUACUUGAUACAAAGUAUUUUAAGGGUAAAUUAAUUCAUUUGGGGGAAGUUAUCAAUUAAUAGUUAUUUUACCUGAUGUUUUUGCAAUUGUUUAUACAUAUACAGUAUUGUGCAAAUGUGUUGAGUCACCCAUUUUUCUAUGAAAUGAGAAAUAGGUGCAGUGAUUUAUUCAAAUGUGCUAAAACAUAUAUACCUUGUGCCUAUAGUAUAUAAGGCAACAACAGAGCCUGUACAGUUCAAAUAAGCUCUUAUUUGGAUGUUAUUGUUCCAUUUUCUUAGGCCUGAUGGUGCCACACUGCUUCAAGAAAGUAGAAAUUUCAAAUUUGGAUUCAUCACUUAAUAAGAGUGAUGUUGCCACUGAUUCUCAGUCCAGUUCUUGUGUAAUUUGACAUACCUCAGUCUUUUCUCUCCGGUUCCCUUCCUCAAGAAUCGCUUGUUGACAGCCACCCUUCCACUGAGACCAUUUCUGAUGAGGCUUCAGUGAACAGUAAAUGGCUCAAUUGAAGGGUCAGAUGUAUCUCCCAGGUCCUGUCAGGUCUUUGCUGGAUUUUCUUUCUUGUAUUUCUUGAGGACAUGAUUUACAAACACUGUUCAUUGGCUGUACAGUUUUUUUUUUCAGGCCUGCCACUUGUUCUGGUGGCUCAAGACUUUUGCCUAUUACUGUAUUUACUCUGUUUUGUUUCAGAGUCUGGCUGGUUUCUUCAGCUGUCAAAUGUACUGCUGUGCUCACCGGGCAAUAGGGUAUAUAAAAUGAGUGAACAUGAGUGGUUUUAAGGACUUUUA